AUGUGAAGUGUAUAUACAACAAGAAAACCCUGCAAGGUUUCUAGCAUGGUGAAAUUAGCACCAAAAAGAAAUUCCCCAUGAAAUUAAAGACUAAGGAGCAUGAGGAGGAAGAAGAGUUGGAAAACAUAGUAAAAGCAUAUUAUGACAAAGAAAGGUGGGUUGAGACAAUAAUAAAAGCACUCAGCUUUCUCUCUCCUACUGUUGGCCGACACACAUAAUAAAGAGCCGCACAAAGGCAGGGCUGGAUCUUGCUUUUGGACCAUCUGCAAGAAAUAAAGAACACAGAACUGCACUUUGCGGAUCUCCUUCAUAACUCUCCAUCCCAACAAUGGAUUCUGCUCGAUGGCCACAGGUUGAGGUUAAAAGCAUGGAAUUAGAGGAAGAGGGUAGAAAGGCAGGUUUGGAGAGAAAAGCAAAGCCUGGGAAAGAUCAAAUACUGAACUGCCCAAGAUGCAAUUCCAACAACACAAAGUUCUGUUACUACAACAAUUACAGCCUCUCCCAGCCAAGAUACUUCUGCAAGUCUUGUAGAAGAUAUUGGACAGCAGGUGGGUCCUUGAGGAACAUUCCAGUGGGUGGCGCCUCCAGGAAGAACAAGAGACCUCCUUCACCCAAUUUUCCAUCACCUCCAAAGAACAACAAUAAGGAUUACAUGAGUAAUGGUGAUGAUGAUGAUCAGGGCAACUCCCAAUCAUCCAAUAUCAAUACUCCUUGCCCUUCUGCUACUAAUAUUGCUACUUGUUGGCUGUCGUCUGAUGAUAUGAAUGAUCAAAUAAUGGUGAGAAGCAGUGGAAUAAUGUCCCCAAGGGAGCUGAUUCCUUUUAUACCCAUGCCUGCACCAGCUCCUCCCCAGCCCACUACUAGUACUAGUACUGCACCCGAUGCUUGUAACCCUUCAACGACAUUAUUCUCCACUACUGUGGAGGAUUUCAAGCAACUUCCACCCAUCAUUUCUACUGAUCAUCAAAAUGGAGCCAAAUUGGGAGAGGUUCCUGCUUUUUGGAAUGGGAUUUACGGAGGAGGUUCAUGGUGAGCUUCAUCACAAAAUAAGCUAAAGCUGAAUAUAUACAUAUAUGUAACUAAAGUUGGGAUGAUUUGAUAUUGUCAUAGCAUUUUUAUGUAUUUAUUUGUGUUUAGGGAUCCUCAUAUUUUCUGC